AUGCCAGACGCUCCAAAUUCAUCUUUACUAGAAGAAGCACAUUUGGAAGAGUACUGUUAUCCUGAUUCUAAUGUCUCUUGUUUAAAAAUGUCUUACCACAUGACAACUAAAACAGUGUUAUAUUUUAUACUGGUGUUUGCAAUGACUAUUACAAUUAUAGGGAACUUUUUUGUCAUCAUAUCUAUAGCUCAUUUUAAACAACUUCAAACACCUACAAACAUUUUGGUGAUGUCUCUAGCACUGGUGGAUCUACUUCUGGGAAUCACAGUCAUGCCGUUCAGCAUGAUCAGGUCUGUGGACGGCUGCUGGUACUAUAGCAAAGAAUUCUGCUUUUUACACUCUAGUUUUGACAUGUGCCUCACUGGAGCAUCUAUUUUCCAUCUGAUUUCUAUCGCAAUCGAUCGAUAUCAAGCUGUGUGCUAUCCACUUCAGUACCCUACAAGAGUGACUAAACCUGUUGCAUGGUUUAUGGUAGCUGUGAGUUGGACUGUAGCAGUAGUGUACUCUUACAGUCUCUUGUUAACAAAAGCAAGUGUAGACAAUGGAUUCGCAGAUUGCUUGGGAAGUUGUAGCCUUUUUCUGAAUGAAUUAUGGGCUAUUUUGAGUAUUGUUACAGGUUUCAUUUUACCAUGCUGUGUUAUGAUUGGUCUGUAUGCUAAAAUAUUUUUUAUUUCAAAAAAGCAUGCAAGAAAAAUUGAAGGUGUGAAGCAGGGCAGAACGGACAUGGCUUUAACCAAGUUUUCACAAAGAGUGAAACAUGAGAACAAAGCAGCAAAAACCCUUGGAAUUGUUGUAGGUGCCUUCAAUUUUUGCUGGAUGCCAUUUUUCCUCACCUCUCUACUCGAUCCUUUUAUUAACUUUGCCACCCCUUUAUUACUCUAUGAUGUCUUUGUCUGGUUGGGUUACAUUAAUUCCACUUUAAACCCCAUCAUAUAUGGCUUUUUCUAUCCUUGGUUCAGAAAAACACUGUAUGUCAUAGUUACACUAAAAAUAUUUGCUCCUCAUUCAUCUGACAUGAAAGUGUAUACAUCGUAA